AUGGGUCAAACAGACCUUAUCGACCCCCCGCCAAUCGUUACGGCGCAAGGUGCGAAGAGCACGACGUGGACCCCCAUACCCUUCUAUGCAAAGCUCUCCCUGCCAGAGCUCGUCGCUUUUCACGCCAAGAAGAGCCCCAACCACACCCUGUUCGCAUACCUCGACGAGACCGGUGGCUACAAAGAGCUGCGCUACAAGGAGUUCUAUCCCGCGGUGAUAAGAGCCGCGAAGAUCGCCGUCGAAGGGGUACUCGCCGCCAUGCAAUCCUCUCCUCCAGCCAUACAAGGUCGCAUCGUUGGAGUGCUCGCGGUGGCAGAUACAAUCAGUUAUGCGACAUUUGUCUGCGGUAUGAUGCACGCCGGAAUUGUCCCCUUCCUCCUGUCCCCCCGCAACUCUCUUGCUGCUGAUGUCCACCUGCUCCACGAGAUUGGUGUCCAGGAGCUUUUCGUUUCUCCCGACGCUGCGAUGCAGCGCCUCGCGACUGAAGCUCAAGUCGAGCUCGCCAAGGAGUACAUUGGGCUCACCCUUCUUCCUCUCCCGACCUACGAAGACAUGUUCCAGUCCCAUGAAGACGACUGCGUCGGCGAAGCGGUCCCUGCAGAGAUCAAACUCGACGAGAGGGGCUUGAUUGUCCAUUCGUCUGGGUCUUCCUCCUUCCCUAAAUUAAUCACCGUACCCCGCCGCCUCAUGGCGCAAUGGGCGCAAUCCCACUGCUACCAUCCGUUUGACUACUGCGGCACUCGCUCAGCCGCCCAUAUCGCCUCCAUGUUCCGGACGGGGAUGAUCAUGACAACCUUCUGUCCAGCUUCACCGCCAAUAAUCCCGACUCUUCAGCGGUUCAUGGACGAACUGGUUGGGAGCCGAUGCACCGCCGUUGGGGUGGUCCCGAUGUUCCUUGAGGAAUGGGUCAAGGAUCCUGCCUGCAUCGAAGUACUGCGCAAGUUGGACUUCGUGUCUUACGGAGGUGUACCGCUGAAGAAGAACGUUGCCGAGGAGCUCCUUCGCCAUGGCGUGCGGCUGCUCACAAGCUAUGGGAUGUCCGAGAUCGGCGCCAUCGGCUUGAGCGACAAGACGUUCACGUUGUCUGAUGCCGACCUGGGCCAGCUCGGCACGAUGUGGGAGUAUCAGAGGUUCAUCGCUCCCGUCGAUGUGCAUCGAAGGUACAUCGAGGGUGAACCAGGUGUAUUUGAGCUCGUGGUGGUGGAAUCCCCCUUGUGGUGUCCCGCGACACUGAACACAGAAGUGGGCGGCAAGCGGGCAUUCGAGACGGGUGAUCUAUGGCAGGAGCACCCGACCGACCCUCGCUACUGUCGCUUCUACGGCCGCGCCGAUGACCAGAUCAUGCUCUCCACUGGCGAGAAGACGAACCCGGUCCCCAUGGAGAGCAUCAUCGGUCAGGAUCCCGCCGUCGCUGCCGCCGUCAUUUUUGGGCGAGGGCAGUUCCAGAACGGUGUCAUCGUGCAACCGCAAGAGCCGUUCGACCCCGCAGACGAGCGCAAUCGCGCGGCCUUUCUGGCCCAAAUAUGGCCGUCCAUCGAACGUGCAAACGCUCACGCGCCGCAACACUCUCGACUGUUCAUGGGGAUGGUCAUAGUUGCGGAUCCGAAGAAACCCAUCCAGAGAACGCCAAAAGGAACCCCAAAGCGUAAUGAGUGUAUCGCAGAUUACGCGGCUGAGAUCCAAGAAGCAUACAUCCGCAUUGAACAGUCGUUCCUAGUAGAAGUCUCACCCCCUUCGGUAUGGACGUCCGGACCGGUGCGGGAGUUCGUAGCCAUGGUGGUGCGUCGUACGAUGUGCAACGCAACUUUGAGCGAAGAAGACGACUUCUUCCAGCACGGGUGCGAUAGCUUGCGCGCCAAUUGUAUUCGUGGAAGCAUCCUUCAAGCGAUACGUUCCACCAGCGGGCUUUCGACGACGCAAGGCAACAUACUUCCCGCCAACUUCGUCUACGCCAAUCCUUCCAUUAUUGCUCUGAGUUCAUAUCUCGUUCACACCCUCUCAGAAUCCCCGGCCUCCGCUCCAGCCGAAGACCACACUUUGCGUGUCGACAAGAUGCGGUCUCUCCUGGACAAGUAUGGCACCUGUCUCCCUCCGUCCAACGCCCCGACGCCACGAUCCCCCCUCGACACCGUUGUGGUCACUGGAACAACUGGGCGUCUCGGUGGACAGAUUCUUGCCCACCUGCUCUCGCUGCCAGAUAAGAGGCAGCGCGAGACACUGAAGGUUAUGGGUAUCGACCCCGGCGUUCUGGAAACGGAGAAGCUACUUUUCUACGCCGCGGACCUUGCGUCGUCCACUCUCGGAUUGUGCCCCGAAGUGUACCAAGAGGUGCGAUCAGGCGUGACCGUGAUCAUCCACAGUGCAUGGCGCGUUGACUUCAACGUCACAUUGACAUCCUUCGAGCCCCUGAUCGCUGGCGUACGCAACCUCAUCAACCUCGCGCUGGCGUCUCCUGUACCAGGUGGCGCAGCGAUGCUCUUCGUGAGCUCUUUGAGUGCUGUGCUGAACCAACCCGCCUCCAGACAUAUCUCCGAAGACACCCUUGACCAUGGCGCGGAAGCCGCAGCCGGCCUCGGGUACAGCGAGAGCAAGUGGGUCGCGGAGCAGCUGCUCGCACGCGCGUCCUCGGAAUCCGGCCUACGCACCAUCAUCGCGCGCGUUGGGCAGCUCAGCGGCGACAGGCGCGUGGGCGCGUGGAACACCAAGGAGUGGGUGCCUGCGCUCGCGCGCCUCAGCCAACUCGCGGGAUGCGUGCCCGAUAAGGACGACACGGUGUCGUGGGUCCCCAUCGACGUCGCGGCGGCGGCGCUCGUGGAUUUCGUCGUCGGGUCGUCGCCCGCUCCGAGCCCGGCCAAGCGCGAGGCGACGGUCUUCCACCUCGCCGCCCCGCGCCCGGUGGCGUGGCGCGACAUCGCUUUGUCCAUGGCGAAGUGCCUGGGCGUGCCCCGCGUCCCCGCGUCCGAAUGGCACGCCAAGGUGCGCGCGUACGCCAACGACGCGCAGGUCUCCGGCGCGCGCGCUGCCUCGCACGAGUCCGCGCGCGAGCUCGUGGAGUUCCUUGGCUCCGCGAUGCAAGGGCGCGAACCGACGGUGGCGACCGCGCGUGCGGUGGAGGCGUCCAAAACGUUGCGGGACAUGCGCCCGCUGGGUGGGGAGGACGUCGAGAGGUGGAUUGAGCAUUGGAAGAGAGUUGGUUUCUUGCAGACGUGA